ACCACUCACCACUUCAAGCUUCAAAAUUCUGAUUCAGAAGAGAAAAGAAUCUUACCUGAAGAGGAUUCAAAUCAGAAGUUUUUGACUGUGAAUGUAUCAGUGGGGAGCUCAACUACUGUGAGCCUGAAGAGGGCGCAACCAUCUCCUGGUUGUUUUGUACUGAGGGCAACAAGAACAUCAGAUUCUCAUCCAAAUUCAAUAAUCGCUCGAAAACGACAUAAGUGUGCUCCAUUCUGCUAAUAUUCUAGGAUCAUGCCUUUGGUACCUGAUAGGCUACCUAGCUGGGAUAUUCAAUCACUAUGGAUAAAAAAGCCAUAAUAAGUAAAUUACGUGAUUACCUGCCUGUUAUAGUUUUUGUUCCCGGAAUAGCUUAUUUACAUUAUUUAUGGGCAAAUAUAGGAGGCGAUACUGAAGAACUAAGUGGCAAAACACAACGAAUACCCCCUAUAAUGCUUUUCAAUCACAUCAAGAGUAAAUUGGUAUCUUCUUCAGAAGAGUUACCGUCCAAUGAAGAAUGAGUGAGUGGAGGCAAUAUUAGAUAGGCCUACUAGUCAUUUGCAGCCAUCCAAGUGAUAAAUUAUUGAAAAUGCAAAAUCAAAAUGAGAGGAAAAUUAUUGAGCUAAGCGACGUACAUUUUAUCAACGAGUUGAGAGAAUUCAAGAAAAUGAUUUCAUCUCUUAUUGGUGCUCAUGGAAAUUUGAAUGUAUUUGUAACAGGAGGUGGUUAUAUUCAACUUGGCUCCUCAUCAGCACAGCUAACAAACUUUUUUGAUCAGUUCAAUAAUCCUUUGAUUCAGCUUGUCAUAAAUAUUAUAAAAAAUCAGGAUGAUUUUGGAUUAUAUGUUGGAGUGCUGGUAGUGUCUAUUCUGGAAAAUGCUUUGGAAUUCGAAAAGAGUAGUGUGCUAGUUAACAGAGAGGAGCUAAUUAACUUCUUAAUGGAAAACUUCGCUUCUAUUUGUAACUCAAGCAGGAUGAAAAUACCUGUCAGUUAUGAUUCCACCACAGAUUUUAUGUCUGUAGUACGGACAAUUUUAACUUCCAAGUUUGCUUGUCGGCUUCGUAAAAGUUCCAUUCUCGAAUUGAGUACAAUAAUAGUGAAAUCUUUCCUUUAUUCUCUCGAUGACGAGCAUAUGACGAUGGGGAAAGUUAUUGUAAACGUUUUGGAUGGACGAGAGAUUUUCAAGUACUACCCAGGAUUUUUAUAUCAGCUUGUAGACUAUGAAGACGAUUGGAUUUGUAAUAUUGUUGAAGAACUUGAUCAUGCCAAAGUAAAGAUUCUCCUAUUUACAACAUCAUUGACGUUUAAUGAAAAUGAUAAUGACAUAUGUGGCGAAUACGAUUUGCAAAUAGAAAGCGAUUUAAAAAAAAGAAAUAUUUUCCAAAUUCUUGAGCAAGCAAUCGCAUUUGAUACCAAAGUAAUUGCGUGUCAAAAAGUGGUGAAUAAUGAAGUUGCAUUGUUUCUGAGGCGGAAAUCUGUGAUCGUUAUUCAUCGAAUGGGAACUGAGCUGGCAAAACAAGUUGAAAAUGCAUCAAACGCUUUCCCCAUCAGCGAUCUGAGUCAAGUUGUCUCAGAAAAAGUCGACGACUUGACCGGAGUAAUUGAUGCCCUGGAUGUUAUCCAAUUUGGGGAUCGCCGUUUCCUGCAAAUGAAUAAUGAAUCUAAUAUGGGAACUUUGUUACUUCAAGCGCCAUCUUACCUAAGCGUACAAUUGAAGAUUGUUGUUGAACAAGCACUGAAAACUCUUCAGAAGCUCUCAUCAUCGCCGUUCAUUUGUCCUGGCGCUAGUUGUUUUGAAAUUUCUCUUUGGAUACAGAUUCAGGAAUUGGGCCGUAAACGAUUCAAAAAUAUGAGAUGGGAAUGGCUAUUGCAAGCUUUUGUUCAUGCCUCUGGAGGGAAACUACCACUUUGGUCGGACUCUGUUUAUAAUCAUGCUUGGGAAGAUGAAGACUCCUGUUCGUGCAAUUGUGGUCUGGUGUCAAAGGAUAUGGUGACAAAAUUGAAUGCUAACUGGACGUAUAUGAACAGCUUUGAUUGUAAAAUUGAUAAUAAGUGCGACAUUGAGACUCUGAAAAUUGCGGGUGAAUCGCUAGUGGACUUAUUCCAUGCAAAGUGUAAUGCUAUCAACAUUGCCUUAGAAACUUGUUCGAAUAUUUGUAGUAUUGGUUCAGUUGUAUAUAGAAAAAGGCUAUGAAAAUAUAAUAUUUCAUGACCAUUCUAUAUCGUCUGUAUUUAGCCAUCCUUAUCAUGUUAAUGCAAUCUACUAAUAAAUUUGCUUGGAAUUAGUUCUA